ACAUACAUGCAAUGUCACUUUUAUCAGAUCGUCCUCAAUUAGUUAAGUGUUUACAAGUUUUACUGCUUUUAUCCCACAUUUCUUUUUAGCUUUACUUAAGUGAAAUAUGUCUACCAACGAUGAGCUUGAUAAGAGCUUUCAGACGCCUCCACGCGAAGACCUGAUUCAGACUGCCAUCAAGUUCUUGCAAAAUCCUAAGGUCGUUAAUACACCUUUAGCACAAAAGCAGAAGUUUCUGCAGAGGAAAGGCUUGACAGAUGAAGAGGUACAAAUGGCAUGUGAACGUUCGGGCGCCUAUGAAAUGCAUGAGAAUCAAAGCAGAGUGCCUCCACCGUUACCAGCACAACUUCCAAUACCAUAUAAUACUUACACUCGGAUGGAAGUGUCUAUAUUUCAUAGGAUCCGGAAUGCAGUGCAUAAUGCAGCUAUAUUUAGUAUAGUUGGCUAUGCAUUAUACAAGUUUUAUGAGAAGUUUAUUAAACCAUAUUUAUUUGGAAGAAAGAAGAGUGUGGAGGAGACAGUUGAGGAACUGAAUAAAACAGUGACUGCAUCUGUGGGUGAAUUGAAAGAUGGUUUAGCUAGUGUUAAAGUUGAAGUGGACAGGAUUGGACAGGGAACAGAGACAAGCACGCAAAGGCAAUUGCAGAAUCUUCAAUCAGAAAUAUCAACAGUCAAGGGACUUUUACUCUCAAGAAAUUGUUUUAACAGGAAAAAUUUUCCUUCAGUGUCAAACAGUCCCGUAGUGCCGCCUUCGAUACCGGCAUGGCAGAUGUCUAGUGUGCAAGAACCGGAUACGGAUGGAAAGGGAGAAGAGCUGUUGGAGAUCGGGUCUGGAUCCGGAUCGUCCGAUCCCGAACACGCCACGAAGACGAGCGACAGCAGUCUGGAGAUCAUGUAAUUUUGAGAAUUAUCUAAUCGAAGUUGAAGACGCUCGAGCUAUCUGAUUCUUAUAUCUUUUUUUUCCUCCUCGUUGCAGAUCAUAGGAGGACUUUGAUCUAGUUCCUUUUAAUGUUUCUUAUUUGUGACUGGGAUGAUAUACGUGAACAUCAUUUUCAACGGUUGUUUUAACGUUUUAGAAAAGAAUAAUAAACUAAAAAAAAAGCAA